AACAAGCAGCAGCCGGAAGCUAUAGGGAGAACGGGAGAGGAGUUGGCACGCCCGGCAUGGGAGAAGCAAAUGGGUCUUGGAUCAGGCUUUCUCAGAUGUUGAGUGUCCUUCCAACCUUCAGUCUGUGGAAUUCCCAAUAGCAUCAUGAUUUCUUCAAAUGAAUAUGGCUCCAGCUCCUGGGAACUCAUUGUCACCGUUGAUCACCCUUAUGAAGAACCAGAACAGAGCACCCUCCAAGUGUCAGGGGAUCUGCAUAUUGGAGGAGUGAUGCUCAAACUUGUGGAACAAAUCAGUGAGUACAAAGGUGUCUCACAAGACUGGUCCGACUAUGCCCUUUGGUGGGAACAAAAGCAAUGUUGGCUUCUAAAGACUCAUUGGUCACUGGACAAAUAUGGGGUGCAAGCCGAUGCCAAGCUGCUGUUUACUGUUCAACACAAAAUGCUGCGUCUCCGUUUGCCAAGCAUGAAAACUGUGCGGUUGAGCGUCAGCUUCUCUUCAGUCGUAUUCAAAGUUGUUGGAGAUAUUUGCAGGACACUUGGUAUAAGACGGCCAGAAGAACUUUCUGUGCUGAAAUUACCUGAAGAUGUGAAAAAGAAAAAAAGGAAAGACAAAGACAAAGAGCCAGUCAUAGAAGAUAUCUUAAAUUUGCACAACUCCCCUGUGAGUCUGGGGUUGCCAGCAAGCCCUGGCUUAUACAGUAAAACCAUGACGCCCAUUUAUGAUCCCAUGAGCGGGACCCCCAUCUCUUCUACCAUCACAUGGUUUGGUGACAGUCCUUUGGCAAAACAGAACUGGAGCAGCCUUGCUUGCAACCACCCCAACUGUACCCCAGAAACACUCGCCAAAAUGUAUCAGCCUCGAACUUUGGUUGAUAAAGCAAAACUAAAUGCUGGGUGGUUAGAUUCUUCUCGGUCACUUAUGGAGCAAGGCAUUCAGGAAGAUGAUCAGCUUAUGUUACGCUUUAAAUACUAUACUUUCUUUGACUUGAAUGCAAAAUAUGAUGCUGUACGGAUCAGCCAGCUGUACGAACAAGCUCGGUGGGCUAUUCUGCUGGAAGAAAUAGACUGCACAGAGGAAGAAACUUUCAUUUUUGCUGCACUGCAGUAUCAUGUCAGCAAGCUGACAUUAUCAUCAGGGUCACAAGCUUUCACAACUGAAACCGAAACAGAUGAAGUGGAGGCUGCUCUUUCAAAUCUUGAAGUAACUCUAGAAGGUGGAAAAACAGAGGGCGCAUUGGAGGAUAUCACAGAUAUACCAAUGCUUGCAGAUAACCUCAAGUUAUUUAGAUCCAAAAAGCUGACACUGAAAGCCUUCAAGGAAUACUGGUUUGUCUUCAAAGACACUUCCAUAUCUUAUUUUAAAAACAAAGAAGCAGGAUAUGGAGAACCCAUUGAGAAACUCAACUUAAGAGGCUGUGAAAUUGUCCCAGACGUAAAUGUGUCAGGGAAAAAAUAUGGAAUUAAAUUACUCAUCCCUGUGGCUGAUGGAAUGAAUGAAGUACACUUGAGAUGUGAUAACGAAAAUCAAUAUGCCAGAUGGAUGGCAGCUUGCAUUUUGGCUUCUAAAGGCAAAACUAUGGCAGACAGCUCCUACCAUCCUGAGGUCCAAAAUAUCAUGUCUUUCUUAAAAAUGAAAAGCAGGACUACUGCUCCCCAAGAUGUUUCAGAUGUAGAAAGCAUGGACAUGAAACCAGAGUGCUUUGUCUCACCAAGAUAUGCAAAGAAAUACAAGUCUAAGCAGCUUUCUACUCGUAUCUUGGAGGCUCACCAGAAUAUUGCUCACAUGUCCCUGAUGGAAGCCAAAUUGAGGUUUAUCCAGGCAUGGCAAUCCCUUCCUGAGUUUGGCUUAUCUUAUUACAUUGUAAGAUUUAAAGGGAGCAAGAAAGAUGAUCUUCUGGGAAUUUCUCACAACCGACUAAUAAGGAUAGACAUGGCGACAGGAGACCCAAUUACAACAUGGAGAUUCUCAAAUAUGAAACAGUGGAAUGUGAACUGGGAGAUACGUCAGGUUGCAAUUGAGUUUGAUCAGAACGUAUCCAUUGCAUUUUCUUGCUUGAGUGCAGACUGCAAGGUGAUCCAUGAAUACAUUGGAGGUUACAUUUUCCUGUCAACUCGCUCCAAAGACCAGAAUGAAACAUUGGAUGAAGACUUGUUCCAUAAAUUAACUGGAGGAAGAGAGUAAAGGGAAGUCAACCAUUUUCUUUCUGUUGGAUUGCCUGAGCUGAUGAGGCUUACAGAACAAUACAGCCGGACCUGGGUUGAAUUUGGGGGUUCUGCAUCCACAGGUUCAACCAACCAUGGCUCAAAAUCUGGGGAGAGGGGGAAUCCAAAAAGCAAACCUUGAUUUUUCCUCCUGCCAAGCCUUCUGCCAUUUCACAGAUCCACAGUCUCUGCUUGGCAUGCAUUUGGGUUGUUCGCCAUUUUAUAUAAGGGAUGCCAUUCUACUACAUCAUUGUAUAUAAUGGAAUUUAAGAAUCCUCAUAUUUUGGUAUCCACGGGGGGACCUGGAUACCGGAAGAUACCAGGGACCCAUUGUAUAUUUGUUCUCCUUGAUAUGCCUCUGUUUUGAACCAAGAGGUAUUUGGCUGCUUUGAUGCUACUGACUAACUUUUUUCAUUACCGCUGUCAUCAUUAUUUUUAUUAUCUCAGGGAUUAUUGCCAAAUCAAGGUAUAUACCGCCUAUUUCACUAGGACAAACUAUCUGUGGUGUGCCUGUGAUGCAUACUACUUUUUCUUCCUAAUUUUUAUUAACAAGAUACACUAGCUAAUACAGCAAACUCUGAGAGCAUCUCCAUGAGCUACUGAGUCCUUCUUUCUUUCUAUAAGCAAGCCUUGGUGUAGAUUACAUCUGUAUACUCCACUCAGUAUCAUGCAUCACCUAAUACCAUAUACAGGGGCAUAUCCACACAACUGAAUUAUAGCACCAUGAUCCAUGAUUCUUUUGCAAUUGCCCUGGCUGCAUCCUAUGGCAUCCUGGAGGGAUUCUAGUUUGGGCAGAGGCACCAGAAGAGUUGUUUGAGGAUUUGAAAAUGAACAUAUUCUCCCCUAUGAACCAUCAAGACUAUUAAGAUCUUCUGGUGGGGCCCUGCUCUCGGUCCCACCACUUCCGCGAUCGCGUCUGGCGGGAAUGAGAGACAGGGCCUUUUCCGUGGUGGCCCCUUGGCUAUGGAACUCUCUCCCAAUUGAGAUCUGCCCCCUCCUUCCUGUCCUUCAGGAGGCUGGUGAAAUCCUGACUAUGGAAGGAAGCAUUCCCAGAGUAAUGGUUGACACCGGCUACAGAACAAAGUUAUCGACCGCACAUACAGACUGAGUUGGACAUGAUUGUAUCUUGGCGAUUUGGCUUAUUUGUAAUUUUAAUCUAUAUGUAUUUUAACUUGUUAUUGUAUGAUGUUUUUAGACUGUAUUAUUAGCAUUGAAUCCUUGCUGUGAGCCGGUCUGAGUCCCUCUACGGAGGUUAGAGAAGAUCGGGAUAUAAAAAUUUUAAAUAAAUAAAUAAAAUAUAAAAAGCCACUUUCU